GGUUGGGUUAGCGAGAGUUGCUCAACUGGCUGACAGACACAACUGUGGAAACUGAUGCUUGUCUAUCAUUAACAACAGCAAGACCGUUUGGCCGACUUGCUCCGUUUGUUUAGCAUUAGUGUUGCGGUCAGGGAAGGUGAACGAAAUCUAAAUUGAAGCGGAAAUUUGUCGACAGGCGUUAGAUAGCCUCCACCUGUUAUCUGCUACAUCGAGGAGCUAAGUUAGCUAACGUCAACGUUACGGUUGACUGCUAGCUCACAUUAGCUAAUUGUUUUACUUUCUGCCCCUGCUGCGUAUCAUAGCCGGGUUGUCAACAUGUUGCAGUGAGUUAUCAACCAAGUGUUGAUAUUGUUAAUAAUGGAGAUGUUGGGGGCGUCGGAAUGCUCCAAUCCAGGGAGCUGCCCGCCAGCAGAGACAACAGCGAGUAAUUCCACCAAGGAUUUCUGUUACUCUGCCCGAAUUCGCAGUACAGUGCUCCAGGGCUUGCCUUUCGGUGGGGUGCCUACUGUCCUUGCCCUUGACUUUAUGUGCUUCCUGGGGCUGCUGGUUGUGUUCUCCUUCUUGAGAAAAGUAGCAUGGGACUAUGGGCGCCUCGCUCUGGUGACUGACGCUGACAGACGAAUGGAUCAACGAUACAGUCGCCUGGAUGAUCGGGAAUAUGUGGCCUCUGCCUUGACAUCAGAUACACCAGAACGCUAUGAGCGCCUCACUUCAGUUUCCAGCUCUGUGGAUAUUGAUCAGAGAGACACAGGCUUCUGCUCCUGGCUAACUGCCAUCUUCCGAAUCAAGGAUGAAGAGAUAAGGGAGAAGUGUGGUGAGGAUGCAGUACAUUACUUGUCCUUUCAGCGGCACAUCAUUGGCCUGUUAGUAGUGGUAGGCGUGCUGUCUGUUGGCAUCAUCUUGCCCGUUAACUUCUCGGGAAACCUACUUGAAAACAAUGCGUAUAGUUUUGGGCGAACCACUAUUGCAAAUUUGAAUGCAGAUAAUGCACUACUGUGGCUGCACACCAUCUUUGCAUUUCUCUACUUGUUACUGACGGUGUACAGCAUGCGACGGCACACCUCCAAGAUGCACUACAAAGAGGACGACUUGGUGAAACGCACUUUAUUUAUCAACAGAAUCUCCAAAUACGCAGAGGAGACUGACAUAAAGCAACACUUUGAGCAGGCGUAUGAAAACUGUGCUGUAUUGGAAGCUCGUAUCUGUUACAACGUGGCGAGGCUGAUGUCUCUCAACUCUGAAAGGAAGAAGGCAGAGCGCAACAAGAAGUUCUUCCUCGACCUCCACGCUAAGGAGCAUAUUACCACCAUGAUCAAUCCAAAACCCUGUGGACACCUUUGCUGUUGCAUCAUUAAAGGCUGUGAGCAGGAAGAGGCAGUGAGCUACUAUACCAAAUUGGAGGCACAGCUAAAAGAUGACUACAGGAAAGAGAGAGAGAAGGUUAACGGGAAGCCCUUAGGAAUGGCCUUUGUCACUUUCCAGAAUGAGUCUAUGACUGCCAUAAUCUUGAAAGACUUUAAUGCUUGCAAGUGUCAGGGCUGUAAGUGUCGUUGGGAGCCCAAGAGCUCUCAAUUCAGCCACAAGCUCCACACACACAACUGGACUGUCACCUAUGCCCCUGAUCCACAAAAUGUUUACUGGGAGCAUCUGUCAGUGGGAGGAUUCAUCUGGUGGGUCCGCUGCUUGAUCAUCAACCUUGUCCUCUUUCUCCUCCUCUUCUUCCUCACCACCCCGGCCAUCAUCAUCUCCACCAUGGACAAGUUCAAUGUUACCAAACCAGUGGAGUACCUAAAUAAUCCAAUCAUCACCCAGUUCUUCCCCACCCUCCUCCUGUGGUCCUUCUCCGCCUUACUUCCCACCAUUGUUUACUACUCUGCCUUCUUCGAAGCCCAUUGGACCCGGUCAGGAGAGAACAGGACCACAAUGCAUAAAUGCUACACGUUCUUGAUCUUCAUGGUCCUGUUGCUGCCCUCCCUAGGACUCAGCAGUUUGGAUGUUUUCUUCCGCUGGCUUUUUGACAAAAAGUUCUUGGCAGAUGCUAAAGUGAGAUUUGAGUGCGUGUUCCUUCCUGACAAUGGAGCGUUCUUCGUGAACUAUGUCAUUGCGUCUGCAUUCAUUGGAAAUGCCAUGGACCUGCUGAGGAUCCCCGGUCUACUUAUGUACAUGAUCCGCCUCUGUUUGGCUCGCUCUGCAGCGGAGAGGAGGAAUGUCAAGAGGCACCAAGCCUAUGAGUUCCAGUUUGGGGCGGCUUAUGCAUGGAUGAUGUGUGUCUUCACUGUGGUUAUGACCUACAGCAUCACCUGCCCGAUCAUCGUCCCUUUUGGGCUGAUGUACAUGCUACUGAAACACCUCGCAGACAGGUACAACAUGUACUACGCCUAUCUGCCAUCCAAACUAGACAAGAAGAUCCACUCUGGAGCAGUCAACCAAGUGGUGGCUGCUCCUAUUCUUUGUCUCUUUUGGCUUCUGUUCUUCUCUACUGUUCGCUCGGGGUUUUCAGCUGCAACGUCCAUGUUCACAUUCAUAGUUUUGAUCAUCACAAUCAUUAUCUGCCUCUCUCACGUCUGCUUCGGACACUUUAAAUAUCUCAGUGCUCACAACUACAAGAUUGACACCCAUGUGGAUGGGAUGGAGAAUGGGCGUCCAGUAUGCAGCACUGCUGCCAGCAAGGCAGCGCAAAUGUACAUUGCUCAGGUACUUCAAGACCCAAAUUCAGAGGAGGCUGGUUCAGGCAGUGGUGAGGAUGACGGCCAAGGGUCCUCGCAGGACGAGGAUAUAAUCAAUGUUGAAAAUGGCCUGAAUGAGGACUUCCAGUCCGGUGAGGACAGCCUCAUUGAUAAUGAAGUGCGGCACUGAUAGUGCCUGGAACAGAAAAAAAAAAUUCCCUAAGUUUAACUUGAGGAGUGCACUGAAUAUGUGAAUUAAACUAGGAACUGAACCAACAGUUCUCCAAAGCAUCUCAACCUCCAUCGAGGGACCUUACACUAACAUAAGCACACUGUCUACUAAGGAUUAAAUGGAUUGUCGCUCCAGGACUCUCGCAUUUCCGUCACUGGGUCUCAACAAAACACAUCGUCUGUCUGUGUACCUGCAGAGGGAAUCUACUUUAACAAUGCAAGGGCAGUGACACCCUUCUGCCCCGAGAUAACAGAGGCACACCCCAAAACACUGCACAUGGACUCAUGAAAGAAAGACACUAAAUGCACAAAUGAAGAAUAGUUUGCCUUGUUUUCUAAGGGGAGCGAUGUUCUGUCUGUAUUUCCUUAACAUUGUUGCACUUGAAAGAGAGGACCUGUGCUAUAAGCUCGAGUUUCAUUAAGGUACUAUAGUUCAGCAUGCCUUCAAGUUCAAAGGGUGGAGGGAUUUUCCCAUAAUCCUUUGCCAGUAUCUCUAAUUGACUGCACUAAACGCUUCCCCCGAAUAAGCAGCUGGUGCAAGAGAACAAGAGAGGAGUUUUCCACCUCACCAGACAGCUCGGUCUGUGCAGAUGUGAUGGUCUCUAAAUGGUUCUUCCAAUCCCAUGAAAGCCUUUUAAAAAAGAAAAUCAAAGAAGAAAAAAAUAAUUGCUACUAACACUCCUGGACGCUUCGACACUGUACAGCUACAAAACUCUGGAUUUGUAAAAUAGGCUUUUUUGACAUGGUAUUUAUUUGUAGGCAUUGAAUUUUUAAUGCUAUCAAGCUUGAUACAUCCCUAAACUGUGGAAGAGGAUAAUUCAUAUCUCGUCACACUACAUUUAUCGUGAUCUUCUUUGGCGUUGAGUCUCUGAGCCUUUGUUGGGACUGCCGUUGGACUGCUGCUACUGAUGCUUCCUCCAGUAGGGGGAAAUCCUUGCACAGCUGCUGCAGGAGGACUGGAGGCCUGGAGCCUGCUGAUCCUUUUGUGUUGCUUGUUGGAUGGAGAGAAAGGCCUUUUGCGGUUUGUCGCGGUCAGCUUCAUAUGAUACUCCUUGUGACUGGUUCUCUCUAUCUUUUUGUUUGUAUCUUUUUGUCCAUAUGUUUACGUCUUUAUGUAGAAAUUUUCAAAUUAGCAUUCAGUGUAGGUGGCUACUGAUAGUUUGACAAAUAAGCUAAUCUGUAUGUAAUCACUCAGUCUUCUGCCAGGUCCUCCUUCAUCGUCUAGGUAGCAUAUUGUUCCAGUGGUCAUUGAGCAUUGUUACAGUUUCCCAUUUCGCAACUACUCAGUGCUGAGUUGUAGAUAGUUUAAAACCAAUUGUGCAAUUUAGGUGAUAACAUAUCAGAUCUUAGGCUAGGCCACUUGAGAAAGUUACAACAGUGGAUGAGGUCCACAUCCAUUUAAAGUCACUCAUUUUCAAACCUCAACUUUAUACUGUUAAAUACUACUAUGCCACCCCACCCCCACCCAUUGAAUGCAAAAUGGAAGAUAAUUCACGAUGUUGCUCCUUGAGUUGUUAUGAACCAAGUUUGCCCACAUAGUUUUACAGUCCAGAUUUGCAGAUCCAGUGACCAGUUUUGUCAGGCCGCAACCAGAGCAAUAGUAAUGUACUACAACUUAACACUUGCUCCCGAAACAUGCCAUUUUAAAAUUGUUUCCUAUCAUACGAAGCAGCUUUUUUUUUUUUCAGGUAUCACAAAGACAAAAAAACAUAAUUGACUACAAGUCACAAAUAAGAAUGUAAAACACAAUGUCCACACAGUUAUAACUUUACUCAGGAUUUAACAAGCGUCUUGUUUCUGUCCACUCCUUUCUUCCUUAGUCGAGACAACACUAUGAGCUGCCCCGUUAAACAUAAAGACGAUUGUCGGUAAAGCAAGGCAAAGCACUACAGACAAAGUUCCAAUACAGUCUGUCACUAUGGACCAAUUAUUGUUAUUUGGAAUAUCAUGAUAUGAAACAUUUAUUAUUCAGCUGCUCAGAGAGCCGUUGUGGGAAGUGUGCACUAAUCUUACUUUCACUUAUAUGAUUGACAGAGAAGGGCACGAUAACGACAUGGGUGACGACAAUGGUGAAUCUAAACUGUUUCCAUAAUUUGUCCAUGGGUAUGUUGGCCCCACAUAUGGUGAUGUUAUUAUGGUACUAACAAGAGUUGUUUGACACCGUUGAGUCAGGUGCUCUUCUAGUCAUGAUAAGGUGAUUUUAUUUUUUUAUACCUCUUCAUUUUUAUACCUCUGAGAUGUCUUGAAAUCUCUGAAUGUGUCCUGUCAAAGUAACAUACUGUCCAGCUCUGAGGCAGAUACUUAAAAGUCUCAUCUUGUCUAACAACUCCAGUGUUUAAACGCUGAAUGUAGGUUUGUUCCACAACUUUUGGUAAGUUGAAAGUAGCUAAAGUAACAGUGUGAUCGCUGUAUUUACACAGCUUCAAAAGGACGGUUCACUCACUAAUCAGAAAUGAUAUGUUUUAUACUACAACUAUGUCCGCUCCCAUGUCGUAGCGUUUCAUUUGAGCACAGAUCUACGUUUGUCAGUCUGAUGGUUACAAUGAUUUCCUGUAGCCUUUUUUUUCUAAUUCCAAGUCUAGUACCCUUGUGAUCCUUUUAUUUUAGAUUAUCUUCAUAAGAUCUGUACACACAGCGGGACUCAAUGAAAAUGAAUGGAUUGUUGUUUUUUUUGUAAAGAGCCAAGCACUUUCUAAUAGAAGUUCUCAGCUUGUUUGCUCAAUAUUCUCAGAAUGGUUAGUAAAAUGUCUCUGCGUCUCAAAACUGUGCACAACUAGAAUGUGUCUUUGUGUGCUUUGCCUUUUAUAGUUUUACAUUUUUCUAGCUAGCAAGAGUAACAGUAGCCAAUCUCAGCAUUUGACCGUCUCAUUUUCUUAUUCUUUCCAAAGGGCCGUCUGUUCAACAGAUAUAUACUGUAUAUAUCUGUACUUCCCCCUCUUUGAACAAUAAAUCUGUAUUUAAUCAA